AUGUCUUCCAAAACUCCGCCCUCCGAUACACAGAGUAGUAGUCCCCUAGGACAAAGCUCUCGAUCGACAUCAGCCGUGACCGGAAAAGAGACCCCAACCCCCUCAAACACCGAUGUCGAGAUGAAGAGCAUGCAGUCCAAUGCGCCCAAGGGCUCUAUCCCCCUGGGUGAGGAUAUCAUGCAGCUAGCUCGCAUUGGAGAGAUCGGCGCAAUGCAGAAUCUGUUUGCGACUAAGAAAUUGACUGCGAAUCAUAGAGAUGAGGAAGGAAUUACUCCGCUACACUGGGCUGCGAUCAAUAACCAAUAUGCGAUGUGCAAAUUCCUCAUCGACUCCGGAGCCGACGUGAACGCAAAGGGCGGAGAGUCCGUAGCCACACCAGCGAUGUGGGCAGCGCAACGAUGCCACUACUACAUCGUCAACCUGCUCCUUUCGCACGGCGCAGACCCCCUCCUAACCGACGUCCAAGGCUACAACAUCCUCCACCUCGCAACCAUCGACGGGAACGCAUUCCUACUCGUCCUACUCCUACACCAGGAGAUUCCCGUGGACGUAGUCGACCAGCAAGGCCACACAGGACUGAUGUGGGCCGCAUACAAGGGCUACCCAACAUGCGUGGACCUAUUCCUACGCUGGGGCGCCAAUGCCAAUGCAGUAGAUGAGGGCGGACUAACGCCUCUCCACUGGGCAUUGGUGAAGGGCUCAUUACCGUGUGUGUUGAAGCUAUUGGAAUACGGGGCCGAUCGAUUCGCACAGACCCGCGAUGGAAAGUCGCCCAGUACGGUCGCGCAAGAGAUGAAUACUAUGCGGGUCUGGUAUCGUGCUCUUAAUGAGCGGGGCUAUGAGCCUGAUGGGACUCAGAAGGAGGUGCCGAUGGGUCUGGCGAUUGUUCGGAAUAAGAGUACCAUGGCGAAGUUUUUCUUCCUUUGGCCGUUUUUGACUAUUCUGCUUGCGCUUUGGAUGCUUAGCCAUAUCUCGGUUUUCUUGAGUAUUCCGCUUACGUUGGUCACGCUCUUUGGAAUGCAGUGGUCUGCGCAGCAGUUGGCGAAUCGGGGGCCUUCAGAGUAUCGUAUCUUGCAGAAGACGCCGUACCUCGCUGGUGUUUUCGCAGGCACAUUGUUUUGGGUUGGCUUUUGCUAUGUUUUCAGGGUAUUGCCAGCCACUUAUUCUUCAUCCCCGAUUUUGAACAUCCUGUUUGCCGUCUUCUAUAGUCUUACAACCUAUUUCUAUAUCUACGCCAUGGUUCAGGACCCGGGUUACGUGCCCAAGAUUAGCAGCCGGAACCAGCAAAGGGAAAUGGUCAAGCAACUCUUCGAGCUCUGGAAGUUUGACGAACAAAACUUUUGCGUCCCUUGCAUGUCACGAAAGCCUCUCCGCAGCAAGCAUUGUCGCCGUUGCGGCCGUUGCGUUUCGAAGCACGACCACCACUGUCCCUGGAUUGACAACUGCGUCGGAGCGAACAACCUCCGCCACUUCGUUCUCUACAUCGUUUCCCUCGAAGUCGGCAUCAUUCUAUUUGUCCAGCUGACCGUUCGCUAUAUCAACGCCCUGCCCGCCCCCACAGCCGCAUCAUGCAACGUAAUCAACGACGCCCUCUGCAGCUACGUCACAAGGGACACAUUCACCCUAGUCCUAAACAUCUGGGUUAUCCUCCAACUAGUCUGGGUAACAAUGCUCUGCGCAGUCCAACUAGUCCAAAUCUCCCGCAACCAAACAACAUACGAAAACAUGCGCGGCCACCACAUCGACCGAUCAUACCCAAGUUCCCAAGCCUUCGCCUCAGCAAUGACAGCAGGAACAACCUCCCUAGACGCGGCCGGCCUAUCCGCCUCAGGCGCAGGACCCAACCCAGCCCUAUCCGGACCUCCCCCACCGCGUCGCCGCCAUGGCAACUGUUUCUCGCAAUGGUCCAGCUUACUGGGCAUUGAUGCAUUCUUCGCAACGGCGAGAGAUGGCCUGCGUGAGGGCCAGGGCCAAGCAGUCGCGCGUCCUAGGAAUCCGUUCUCCCGCGGUAUUGUCACGAAUUGUCGCGAUUUCUGGUGUGAUCCUGCGCCUGUUUUUGGGAAACGACAGUCUGGGUCGGCGAUGUUGGCGGGUGAGAUCGUUAAUUAUCAUGAUAUGUAUGAGACGCCGAUGCGGAUGCAUACUGGGGCUAGAUCGAGGUCGAGGGGUGGAGGUGAUGCGGAUGGUGGUGCUUAUCGGAGUGUUGCGGAUGAGGAUCCUGAGCGGAUGGUUUAG